GAGGGUGACCAAACGGAGGGAGGGAGGGGGAAACGGCGUAUGCUUGUAUACAACCCUGAUUUCCAUUUUUUUCCCAACUCGUAAUGUAUUUAAUUCAAGUGAAACGUAAUCAUGACGUGUCGUGUCAUUAAUCUCCUCGCCGCCUCUCCCGAAAUUAUAGAAGGAGGCUGCCUCAGAAGUGUUUCCCCCCUAAGCCGAGAUACUAAAGAAUGGCAUAACACCAAACACACUGCUAAUAGAGGAUGGAUUCUCCACCAGAGUGUGUGUUGUCUCUUGCUUGUGAGCAGCCACAGUCUCCCCAAACGCUGCCAUCUCUUGACCACAGCCCUCAAGCCUCCUCUCCUCUACCCGACAGCCCCGUUGUCCUGCCGAUCCCCAGCCCUGAACCUUCCCCGCAGAGCCCUGACACCACGCCGUACUUCCCCCUCUCUCCCUUCCCCCUACAAGAGGUCAACAAUAAUGAUUGCCUUGAUCUUGAUGGAGAAGAUUGCGAAGAAGAGCUAGAUGGAAUUCCUCCAUCUCCGACCCCAGCUGUAGCUUUGUUUCCAGGAGGAAGCGCUCAAGAUGCGGGAUGCAACCCCGGUUUGGAUUCCUCCCCACCAGACACGCCGUCAGCUCCUUUUCUUGGUUAUGGUGCCCUUGAGUUGGCCCUUUCUUCAGGACAGGGUGGAAACUGCAGCGAUGAGCUAGAUCUUCAACUGUUCCAGAAGGAAACUGUUACCAGGGCAACACCUGGAGCUGGAGGGGCCUCGCCUGGGCCUGCACUCAAGUUUCCUUGUCAUGUGUGUGGGAAGAGGUUUCGAUUCCAAAGCAUCUUGUCUCUUCAUGCUCGAGCACAUAGUUUGGACCGAGAUCGAAGAGCUGCAUCGCUGUACCGCACUAGACCCCCCUCAACUUCCCUUAAGCAACAUCUCAAAAUCCAUCAGAAUCACAAAGAUUUGCUCUCCAAUCACAGAAGUCGUGCAAAUCAGCGUUUACUGCCAAAAACUCUAAUCCAGCACCUCACGGAGGAGGAGGAUAUCAAUGGAGAAGACAAAGGUCUAGAUGAUGAUCUGAAGCCAGACCAGAACCCAAACUUUUUAUUGGAUGACAGCACACCCUUGACCCCACCCCUCACAGAAGACCCUGUAUCUGUAACCUCCCCUUAUUCCUCUACUGGCGAGGGCUCAUCUGUUGCCACAGCGCCUACGUUUCGCUGCCAUGCCUGUAAGGGAAAAUUCCGCACAGCUUCAGAACUGGCGCGUCACGUCCGCAUCCUCCACAACCCGUACAAAUGCACCCUUUGUCCUUUCUCUGCCAGCCAAGAAGAGAGUCUGGCAUCUCACUUACAGGAGUGCCACCCCUCCCCGGAGGUGUCGGCCUUGACAACAGCCUUCAACUGCAGGACCAUCAUUGACACACCAGUGCCCACCCCAACCCAUACUCCCGCCCCGACCCCAGGUAACGCUCAGAUCUCAUCGGCUGCUGGAGCCUCUGCAUCCUCUUCAGUGCCAGCAUUUCGCUGUGAUACUUGUGGCCAGAGAUUUACCCAGUCCUGGUUUCUGAAGGGACACAUGCGAAAACACAAGGACUCCUUAGACCAUAAGUGCCAGGUGUGUGGACGUGGCUUUAAGGAGCCUUGGUUCCUCAAGAACCACAUGAAAGUUCAUCUUAACAAGCUCGGCCUCAAAGCUGGAUUGGGAACCCAUGGUAUUCUCGGGAAUGCUGAGCAGCAGUCAAAGGGCUCUGCUAGUACACACACCCUGAACUCCCUGUACUCGAGCCUGCUCAUGGCCCAUCGAGGAGGUGGAGCCAGAGGUGGACAAGGAAGGUCUGACAGAGAAACUGGGGGUAGGAUCGAUAUGAGUUUAAGCAAGUCUGCUAUCCUGGGAUACCUUGGCUUGCCCAGUGAUGGCAGUGGGGCCAGUUGCAUGGAAAGACUUCAAGCAGCAGCUCAGGUGGCAGAGAUGGGAAACAGUGGUGGAGGCAGAAGUGGAGGUGGUGGCCCUACCAGAGGAGGGGGAACAUCCAGAGGAGGUGGCACAAGUGAAACCACAUCAACUAUUUCAGAAGGAGGGGAUCAGGCAACUUGGUGGCAGCUGGUUGCUCGCAGCCUGGCUGUUGCACAGCAGCAGCAACAGCAGCAGCAGAGACCACAGCAACGAGGGCAGCAACGAGGGCAGCAGCAAGGUCAGCGAGCCCCAGGUCGAAGUUCAGUGAUCACAGAAGCAGACCAAAUCAGAGUCUACCGAUCAGGCCCAGAUCCCAGAGGAGAGUCAGGAGGAGCCGGAGGGCCUUGGGAAUGCCCGGACUGCGGAAAGUUGUUCCGCAGCCUGCAGCAGGUGGUUGUGCACGCUCGCGUCCAUGCUCAGAGGCCGCAGAAUCAUGGCACCAGUGAAGAAGAGGGGGCUGGUACUCGAAGAGGAGCGGGGUUGGGAAGAGGAGGCAGCGGCGGCGGUGACGUGAGACCAGAAUCCCAACUUCACGGUGGUGGAUCCCAGCAAAUGGUAGAUGGAAGACAGGAAUCAAAACUGAACAGCAGUAUAUCUCAGCAAGCAGGAGCAGUCACAGGGUUUCACUCUGUUAUUUCAAACUUCAAAGGAGAAAACGGCUUCACAGCAGUCUCCUCCAUGCCCUCUGUUCCCACCAGGGAGCGAGUGCGUGGCAGAGGGAUAAAAGACUGCCCCUACUGUGGCAAAGCCUUCCGCUCUUCCCACCAUCUCAAAGUGCACCUGAGAGUUCACACAGGUGAAAGACCCUACAAAUGCCCCCACUGUGACUAUGCAGGCACUCAGUCUGGGUCACUGAAGUACCACCUCCAGCGGCACCACAGGGAGCAACGCAAUGCCUUAUCAGCUUCCUCCAAUUCCUCCUCUGGGCCCACCUCCAGCAUUCACACAUCUGGAACCCCUGGAUUGGUCAAGCAGCGUCGAACUCAGCUCAACCACGGCCCGAUCAACCGAGGCACUGCUGAUACAUCCGUUUCACGGUCCAGCCAGCAGUCUUGGCUCCUGGGCCUCCCAGACCAACGGGAACAUCGGAAGGCUCUGGCAGCUCUAAGGGAUGUCGACUUGGAGACCCAGUACAGGUAUCUGUCUGGAGUUAUGGGGGCCCUGUACCAAGGAGGGAUGGAGGGAAAUUGGAUCAGGGGAUCCCCCCCACCAAAGACUACUAAAGUAUCCCGGCGUAAGCCUCUCACUACUAGUCGAAUGGUUCAGCCACAAAGUGACAAAGAUGAACCUGUGCCAUCAACUCAGGAGGGAGGGUUUGAACCUUUGGAUCUUUCCCGUCGCACCUCGCCCAGCCACGGAGGGAUGGAGGAGAAUGAAAGCAUUGAUGCCGGAGAUGGAGGCGUUGGGUUUGGUGUUGAUGGUGGGAGGGAUAGCUCAGCAGGGGUCAAACUGAGCCAGUGUUUGUUCUGCCCUUUUCAUACAUCAUCAGCUGAGCUGAUGGCCAUGCAUAUCCAAGUAAACCACACAAGUAAGUCCAGGCGCAAGAGGGUCUCCUCUGCUCUCCUGGAUGAUGAGCGUGCCCAAAGGGCCACCAAGCCACGGAUGGAUAACUCCGACCUCGAUCCUCUGACAUUAUGGAGGCAUGUGAGUGAGGGAGAAUCUCCAGUCCCUGUGGGGCACUGGUCUUCAACUCAGCACCAGAUCACUAAUGGUCACCUUGAGGAUACAGCAGAUCAUCUGGACGAAGCUUCUUAUCGUCAAGACUCUGUGGCUUCAGUGCCCAAGAAUGUAAGAGACAGCCCAGCUGUCAAGGAAAAGACGCAGGAGGAGAAAGAAGAACUCGAUGAAGAAUUUGAAGAGAACAUGGAGAGCAGCAGUGUGGAGGAUUUGCAAGAUCGGGAUCUGAGGAUGUCCCUCGACCUUUCACCAGCUCUGAGCCCCAACAUGGUAGUGGAGGAUGACAAGGUCCUAACUGGGUAAAAGAAAGAGACAGAGAGAGUUUCAGCUGUAUAUGUGAUAGACAAGAAAUAAUGCAAAAGGCAUCCCUUCAUAGUUUAAUUUAUGAGAACACGUAAAGAGUCUUGAAGAUUAAUGUUUCCGCAAAGCGGAGGGAAAAAGUGCUGCUUUAAUAUUCCCUCUGGUAUGACUUGUCUACUAUCUUUGUGACUGCUUAAUCCUCUACAACAUACACUAAUAUUCCUAUAAUCUCAAAGGAGCAUCUACACAACUUUUCAGGAUUUUUGUAGGCCACUUUUUGUAUUUGUCCCUCUCCCCCCAAGAAAAAGUCCAAGGUUGUUGCUUUUUGAGAUGAUAUUCUAUUCAACAAACAUCUGCUAAGGGUCUAGCAUCAUUGCAGAAUCUCAAACUUUGACGCAUUGCUAUAUAAGAAGGUGUAUUCCUGACUACUACACUGAGUGAGCUGAACAGGUAACUCUAGAGACUGACCACUGAACAGUUUGAGACUGUCAGCUUCAUCUCCCUCCUCAAUCCACAGAAAGUUUUAAGCUAUCUGGCAUUAAUUUAAGGCAUGAGGUGACUGUUUCCUCGACUGUGUAUCACUGCCUUGUUUUUCAGCUAAGUGUUUAACGAUUACUGUCCUAAAAAACUUAUCUGAAAGAAAAGUUUGUAUUUUUUUGUUGUUGUUGUUGUAAUCAGUUAGUGCCUGUUCAUGUAUGUUGUCAAAAGAGUCUCUGGCGUUGUCCGAGUCUCGCAUAGGUCGCUAAUUUUAUCGGAAUAUACAGUUUCAAAUGAUUUAAAUACAAUAUAUUUGUUUAAAGUGGUUCUAGGGUGUUGUGAAUAGUUGUAAAAGAAAUGCUACAUCAUAGCGUUAAUGUUCUUGACACAGACUGUAGCCGGUUUGUGGUUCUUUUCAAAAGGAGUUAAAAAAAUUUUAAAAAGUAGGCGGUGACAAGAUGUUUAAAGACUACGAGAUAGAAGAAGGGGCACAGUUUAGAAUUCAGUGUUUUCAGCGCCAGCUGGGUUGUGGUCCGUCGUGCUGAACAAACGAUAAAUCAAGGACUUGAGGGCUGCAGGGGGCAAGAUUGAGCCCUCUUCCACAAUCAGCUGGCACGUUGUAAUAAAAACAACCGUGUCAAAAAUAGAUAGAGGGUUAAAAAUGAAAAAUAAAUACAAAGUUGCUAUCGGACAAGACAAAAUCCGAGAAAUAAGCUGUACUUUUGGUAUAUGGUGACUUUUGGACAACUAGAGUUCUUCUCUUCUUUCUUUUCUGUAAAAAAAAAAAAAAAUCCCCGAAAAGACAACGGUAGGAGUAAUUAUUAAAACACUAACACAUGCUUAGACAUCCCAGUAGUAUAUGUGUAGCUUUUGUAAAGACAGACAAGAAAAGAAAAACCCACAGACUUUUGUUUAUUUUCGUUUCAAGAUGCUUACAGAAAAAGGUUAUCAAUAUAGGUAAUAUUGAUUAUAAUGUUUGUGAGCUAAGACUAGUUGGAAUGUCUAUACAGAGCACUGUGCAAGGUUUGAGUUCCCAAAGUAGUUGUUUUUCUGUUGACUCUAUCGAUAGACCAAACUUUUUGUUUUUUUCCAAUGGCAGUUUUUGUUGUCAUUUUAAAUGUGUAAGUGUGUGGCUUGAGUAGAUUUAUCCCAUCGAUUAACAAACAGUUGCAAAGCAUAAUUAGAGCUCAAAAUAUAAAUAACUAAGAAUAUGAAGUUAAAAAAAAUAACGUAAAAUAAAGAGAUUUGAAGGUAUAGCUAAUAAAAGUAGACGGCGCUGGUUAAUGCCGACUUUUGUUAUUUGAUGGGAUAUAAGGCUUGUGGUGUGAUAUCAGAACAAAUGUUUAUGUUGUUGGCAGUGUCAGUCUAAAUUAGCAUUAGUACACAUGUAAGUAAAAAUUUGUGUAGCACUAUCAGAUAUUUCUAGAGAGUUUUCUAAACACAUUAUACAUUUAGAGGGCAUCGUCAGGCAUAUCUGAUUCCACACAUACCUCUAAAAGGUCUGAUAAUCUCCUGUCUUCUGCCGAUGUGCUUUGUGAUGCUAAUGCUAAUACUAGCUUUCACCCUCUUGAUGGAAACUUAGCUGUAACUUUUUUAACAUUUAAAACAACUGGUCCUGGUUACUUGUUAGAGUCUUAAUUUUUUUAAGGAAAUAAGAUGAGUAAAUUAUUUAAGCUACACUUUUAAAAUAAGACUUUACAAAUGGAAGUAGUUAAAAUGCUAAUGCUAGUUGCUUUCUCUUUGUGGAAUCUUUGAUUGCGACUGUUUUAAUCUUUGACACUUUAACAAUUCGGAUAAACUAUUACAGUUUUAAAUCCCCCCCCCCCCCCCCCCCCAAAAAAAGGAGGUAAAUAAUAAACUUAAUUUUAGCUACAUCUUUUAAAGUUGAUGCAACAUUAUAAGUAAAGGAAGUUAGGAUGCUAGCGCUAGCUUGCUUCCUCUCCAUGGAAUCUUUGAUGUGACAAUUUUAAUUUGACACUUUUAACUUUUCAGACAAAACAGUUGUUACAGUUUAAGAAUAAAAACCAAAGAAUCCGAGUAAAUGAUGAACUUUAUUUUAGCUGUGCUUUUCAAUAUAUGCAACAUUAAAUUUAUGUAUGUAUUGGGGUCAGUUUGUUCCUUCGCUAAUUCAUACCUCCAUUCUGUACUCCCGUGUCAAUGAUGUAUCUAGGUAGUUUAACGUUUUGAUAAAGUAUGAAGAUAAAUAGUACCCACACUACUCACAAAAUAUUUAUUGCUAUUUUUUUGUGUGUGGAUUUCAUAUUACACCCCAUCAUCUAUUGUGGUUCUGAUUGCUGUGUGGGUUAACUUAACCUUAAAUUAACAUCGCAUAACCUCAGUGUUUAUUUAUAGUGAACACUGAGAACAAUACAGAACAUUACUAAAACAAUCAGUGGUUAUAUCUGGUACAAAAUGUACCCAAUGUGGAUACAAAAAGACACAAUGUUUGUACAAAACGCUGACAAAUCUUAACAGAAACACUGGAUUAUGAAACAAGAAAAUGUAAAAAGCACAAGAUUGCAAGCGUGGGAAUUGCCCAGCAAAACCUACUUGAGGACCCCGUACUGCCCAAGCAGUGUGUUUGACAACACACAUUAAUUUGCCUAAAAUAAUGUAACUUUACUAUACAUAUCAACUGAUUGUACACCUCGAUGAAUACAUAACUUUAAAAGUCCUCAUUUGUACUAUACCAGAUUUUAUAGAUUCAGUUUUUGCAACGAUGCAUGGCAUCUGUAGAAACUCCACUGUGUUUGGGUGAGUCUCUUGAGUCCCAGUAACAAUAUAGUCAGUAUUGUGUCUCAGUGGCUCACGAAGACAAUUCACUACCAUGAGAAAAUAAUGCUACAGUAUUAGUUUUACUACACAUUUGACGCUGUAGAAGAUAGAUUUCGAUCACCAGAUAUUCCAGACUGCCACGGAUUUUGAUAGACUUCCACUGCAUGCGUGUUGCAGCCCCAACAUGCGAUGUAUACACUGCAACAGAAGCAGCUGCAACUCCGAUGUCACGGCAAUCACCAAACCAUAUCUACACCUAAACUCGCUCUAUGCAAAUGUGGAACUGUUUGGAUUCUGGAUGCUUAAAACGGACACUAUCUGUUGUCUCCAUUACAAAUGUGCGAAAAUCUUUGUUGAAAGAAGAAAAAACAAUUUUGCGAUAGCUGUAAAUGGCGUCUUAUUCAGUUGUUGGAGCAACAAGCCCUCGGGAACGGCUACGUACGACACGUUUUGGGGAAAUUGUAGUCUACAAUUUUACAGAAGAGCUUCUGAUGAGCUGUGAUAGCUCUGGUGGAGCCAGCUGCACACUGUCCGAAAAAAACCUCGAAAAACAAACUAUCUUCCUCCUGCUACUUCCUAUUUCGUCUUCUUUGUUAUUUCUGCCAGUAGUAACAUCCAGCUGUCGAUCACGCGACUUGUGUGAUGCGAAAAAGGUGUUUCUAUUGCAGUUGUGCGAAAUACAUCUAUUUUGAUACAGAUGAUAACCACCUCAUUACCACAAACACUUUAUCAAAAACGUGAAUUAUUUCAAAAUUGCCGUGCUUUCUUUUAAGCAAAUGUAUUUUUGCAAUUUUAUGGUAAAUUACUGACCUCCAUUCUGAUUAAUUUAUCUAAGUAUUAGAAGACUUUGUGAGACCAUUCAGAUAUAUUUACUGUAUGCAUAAGUAUGAAAAAAUUCUCAUGUCACAGCAGAAAUAACUUAGCCACUCCCUGAAACAGCAGAACACUGCGAAUUCCACACCACUGAUCCCAAAACGUGUGCACUAUUCAUGACUGGAGUGAAUCAGAAAUCCUUUAAAGAUGCCACAAAACUUCAUAUUCCACACAAUCCCUAUCUUUUCCCAUAUUUUUAGACUUAAACAAGUGCUUUUCAAUACACCAGCAUAUAUGCCAAGAUGGAAAGCUGUUCCGAAAACAUUUAGUGAUGGAAACACUUCUGACGUUGCCCCUCUACACGUUAGGUGUGUUCAGAAUGUUCCCCAGCAAUAUCUGGUGGCUCCGUACUGACUGUGUGUACUAAAUGGUUUGGCUUAGGUUAACAUUGGUUCUGAAAAUGUGCCACAGGAGUCCGUCUGGAGUUACUGCCACCACACUUUAAUGUGCAUUAAUGUGUUUGGAGUCUGUUUUUUUAGAGCACCUUAUGAGUUUUUGUAGUGAAAAAGUCCCUUAGUGGUGUCUCCUUUACAACUACUAUCAAUGCCACCGUGCCUUCUGUUUCAAGCACUUCCUGGUGUAUUUUGUAAAACUCACCAAAAGCACUUAGCCUAUAUCACACUUUCGCUCCUCUCUUCCUGUUUUCUCUCUGUUCAUGUUCCCUCCUUUUAUCAUUCCCUUCUUCCCUUCAUCACACUGGCUUAUUUCCUUAUUCUUUCGUUCCCAUGUCUUUGCUUCCCGACCGGCCGUUCUCUCCUGUGGCGAGCAGUUUUCGUGCCAGCGUCUCCUGCUCAUCAGGCCCGUUGGGCCUUAAACAAGGCCACUAGGCCUCACUUUUACCCCGACUCUAAAAGAAAAAAAAAAGAAAAAUUACGGACUGUCUAAGCCCUAGGUGAUUUAAAAAGAAUGGUUGUAGCUGUAGAGUGAGGCUACCUGUAGUCGUCAUACUAAUCCUUGGUAAACCAAAGCCCAAAGUCUUUGAUUCUUGAACGAUGUUUUUUGUUUUUAACAUCAUGAGGUGCCAAAACAUGUCCAAUGCGACACUAAAGAUACAAACGCUUGAAGAAGGAGGACAACUUACAGAUUUUUCUCCCUUCCAUUUCUGUUUUCUUUCCAUCCCCCUGCUUGCUCUUCCUCCACGUCCUUCUCUCGUCCAUAAAUCAGUCUCUAGCACCACUCGAAGGUGACGUGUACUAUCUGGUAUUGAGGCCUUUAUUAGAGGUUUUUUUUUUUCUUUCUUCUCCUUUCUGUUUGUGUGGUGUUUGUUCAAUGCCGUCGAGAUGGAGAAAUGCUCUUAUAAUGAUAAGUAUUAUUGUUUUUGGCAUUAUGGUUAAAAAAAAACAAAAGAGAAAUGUGAUGUUGAAUGUUGUACAGAUAGCUCUAGAGAUGUUGUGUUUUUGUUUUGUUUUGGGUUCUUGUUUUUGUUUUUUUGUUUUUUAAGAGAGCACAAACUUGAGCGAUGGCCCCUUCGGCUCCUCCCACUGGCAGAUGGGAAUAAAAUCGCCGGCCAAUCAUUGUACUGUAGACAAUGGUCCUGUCACUAUGACAUAUUGACGGAGACAAAGUGACGCUGCUGAAGUUUAUUGAUCUGAGAGAACAAUAAAAAAAAUUUGGUAAACUUUAUGUUUAAA